GAAAUCCCGGGCGUAAAUAAUCUCGUUUCCUUUCUGGUCUUGUGGCCGGUAAUCUGUUGUGGGGAACUUAUAGAUGUAACGAAAUUUCAUCAUAUUACGUGAUUACAAAUACUUACGCCAAACAUGGCCCACCAGUUACUAUCGUCAACAAGUAAAUUAGAAAAAUUCAUUUUGAGCUCCGUUUAUAAAAAUGCCAACAUGUUCCAGUUAAGAAGAUACCUAUCAUUGAUAAAGAAUGGUAACGAAACGAGUAGAAUAGAACAUGUGCGAAAUCAAUGGAGAUUACUGUGUAAUCAGCCACCGAAAGGAUUUGAAAAGUUCUACAAGCCAAAAGCAAAUACUUCUAGUAAAACUACUGAGAAAGUUGCUGAAAAAGUAAAAGAAGGGUCCUCUAAAGAGACAUCCAAGGCGCAAUCAGCUUCCGAGACUCAGUCUCAGAAAUCUUCUACCGAUAAACGUACCUUCUCAUGGGAAUUUAAGUGGAGCAGUGGUAACAAUUCAUUUGGGAACAAAAACAAUGAAAAGAUGUUCAUCAUAGGUUUUUUAUUAAUGGGUAGCUCUUACCUGUAUUUACACCACGUAUCGAAUCUUGCGACAGAGAUCACGUGGAGAGAGUUCAUAACAAAAUGCUUGAACAAAGGGAUAGUGGAUAAAGUGGAAGUCGUCAAUAAACAAUGGGUUCGCGUAAAAUUGUUACCUGGUCACAUUGUAAAUGGAAAGGAUACUUUGUGGUUCAACAUUGGUAGCGUUGAAACAUUUGAAAGAAAUUUGGAGAAUGCACAAAUCGAACUCAAUGUAGAGCCGCAAAAUUAUUUACCGGUACAUUACAGGGACGAGUUAGAAAUGCAUCAUAUUUUAAAACUUUUACCACAGAUCGUUAUGUGGGGAUUCCUAUUUUAUUUAUUCCGUAAGUCGAUGGAAUCUUUGGGUAGAGGAAGGAAAGGUGGACUAUUUGGUCCGAUAAUGGAAUCAACCGCCAAGCUAAUCAACUCCAAAGAUAUAGGCGUACGGUUUAAGGAUGUUGCCGGUUGCGAGGAAGCUAAAAUCGAAAUUAUGGAGUUCGUAAAUUUUCUAAAAAAUCCGCAACAAUACAUCGAGCUUGGUGCGAAGAUUCCAAAGGGUGCGAUGCUGACAGGUCCACCGGGUACUGGUAAAACGUUGUUAGCUAAAGCCACAGCAGGCGAAGCGAACGUACCUUUUAUCAGCGUAUCAGGCUCGGAGUUUCUGGAGAUGUUCGUCGGUGUCGGUCCAUCAAGAGUGCGCGAUAUGUUCGCCAUGGCACGAAAACACGCGCCGUGCAUACUGUUUAUCGACGAAAUCGAUGCGGUUGGAAGAAAAAGGGGAGGCCGAAACUUCGGCGGUCAUUCAGAGCAAGAAAACACGCUUAAUCAACUUCUAGUUGAGAUGGACGGUUUCAAUACGACUACCAACGUGGUCGUGUUAGCGGCAACUAACAGAAUAGAUAUCUUGGACAAAGCGUUGUUACGACCCGGAAGAUUUGACAGACAAAUUUUCGUUCCGGCCCCGGACAUCAAGGGGCGAGCUUCCAUCUUCAAAGUACAUUUGCAGCCGCUCAAGACUAAUGCGAUAGACAAAGAUCAAUUAUCUAGAAAAAUGGCUUCCUUGACACCUGGAUUUACGGGAGCCGAUAUCGCAAACGUAUGCAACGAAGCGGCCUUGAUCGCAGCUAGAGACCUGAAUGACAACAUACAUUUGAACCAUUUCGAACAGGCGAUCGAAAGGGUAAUCGCGGGCAUGGAGAAAAAGACAAACGUCUUGCAACCCGAAGAGAAGAAAACUGUCGCGUAUCAUGAAGCUGGUCACGCGGUGGCGGGUUGGUUCUUGCAGUACGCGGACCCGCUUUUAAAGGUCUCGAUAAUCCCUCGUGGAAAAGGUUUAGGUUACGCACAGUAUUUGCCUCACGAACAGUAUCUAUAUACGAAAGAACAAUUGUUCGACCGGAUGUGUAUGGCUCUCGGCGGUCGAGUGUCGGAAGAAAUCUUUUUCAAUCGCAUAACAACGGGAGCACAAGACGAUCUCCAAAAAGUAACUUCGAACGCGUACGCUCAGGUGAUUCAGUACGGUAUGAACGAAAAAGUUGGGAACGUUAGUUUCCAGAUGCCACAGCAAGGCGAAAUGGCUUUUGACAAGCCGUACUCCGAACAUACUGCGCAACUCAUCGACACAGAAGUCCGCGCACUAAUCGAACAGGCGCAUAACCACACGCGCGAGCUACUUACAAAGCACAAGGAAAAUGUAGAAAAGGUAGCCGAACGACUAUUGAAACAGGAAAUUUUGAGCAGAGAUGACAUGAUAGAAUUGUUGGGGCCGAGACCGUUCCCCGAGAAAUCGACUUACGAGCAAUUCGUAGAGGGUACGGGAUCCUUCGAGGAGGACACCAGUUUACCGAAGGGCUUGCAAGAGUGGAACAAAUCGAGGGAAGACGACAAGCGGCCGGAGGCCACGGUUCCUCCGACGUCGGAAGCUGUUCCUGGAAAAUCAGCCGCGGCCUCUCAAAAUCAGCCGCAGCAGCGAUUAUAAACCAUGCCGCCUGUUAAGUACUUUGUAUUAUAGUUUGAAAUACAUAGGCGUAAUGAGUAGUGAUACGCGAGCAUCGAUUAUAAAUGUCAGAACGUUGUAAAUGCGCUUUCAAAAUAACACUCGAACUAUGAGUAUUUACGUAAAUGCAAAAAGAGGAGGAAAGAGAGAAAACUAUGUUCCGUAUCGAUUUAGCUUUUGCCUGUCCUCCAAUACUGAUACAGAACCUUUUUAUAAGGAGAACCGAGUUGUGUAAAAACAUGCGUAACGACGACUAUAAAUUGUAUUGACAUAUGUAUAUCCAUUCUUGUAUUUAUACAUAUAGUACCGCAGUUUAUCCGCGAUAUACGUAUACGCGAAACAAGGAUCACGUAAUUUUUUCUGUUCGAACAAUUGUAUAAAGAGGAACCAUUUUUGAAAAGAAUAAUAAUAAUAAGAAGAAAAAGAAUAAUUCUCUUGUUUUUCUUUUAAGGUCUAUAAAACUAAACUUGUAAAUGGAGCGACGAGCCAGGCGAUUCAAUAAAGAGUACAGAAUUUUGUUCACGUCA